AUGGAAAUUGUGUACCGCUUCACGUUCCUUGAUGUCCUGGACAGCGGUUCCUGCACAGAGGUCCACAGGCAUGUGUUUGAAGGCCUUCUUUUGCAGGCGAGGGCAUGUUGCCAGGAACCCGGAGAAGAAGGGCCGCACUCAAGAGCGGCGUUGCGGCGGGCCGCGAGCACGCCUGAGCUCGCGAGCCUGCCAGAUGAGGAAGCGGCCAAGUACAAGGCCGAUAUGGAGGAGUUCAAUCACAGACUGAGGCAGAGGCAGGAGAUCUUGGUAGAUCUUUGCUCAGACCAGCCGCCAACUUUCUGCCUGGCAGGAGCGCCAUCGAACGAGAACGAUGCCAUUGUCCCAACACCCCUGGCUCAUAGCGAGCCACACGCCACCAGCAUUCUGGCCGCGCCGGCCGUUCCGGCUGUUCCGGCUGUUUUGGCUGAUCCUCCGCCAGUGCCGCCAGUUCCUCAACACCUUGGGAGCCUCGGCCACCCGGAGUUUUGCGCGCGUCCGUGCGUGCACUUCGGGAAGGGGCAUUGCCAGUUGGGGGCAGAUUGCUGCUACUGCCACGGGACACACGAUGCACCGGCAAAGUUCGACAAGAAGCAGCGCGGGCUUUUCCAGAAACUGAGCCCGCUUGAGGUUCUGUACUUGCUACACCCGAUCUUGAUCCGCAAGGGCCAGCCUCAACUGGCAGACGCCCUGGAACUCAUCGAGUUUGAGAUGCAACGCCUGCAGGGCCCGGCGGCCAGCCAGGGCCUCGAGCCGGAAGUGCUUCAGCCAAGCCAGCGACGGCAGAUGCAGGCCUUGCUGAGCCGGAUGAGCGUCGCCGCGAUCCUGGGCAUGAUCUCGGGGGAGAGGUUCCGACCCGGAGCCUUGGAAUGCACGGAAAGAAGUCGGAGGGAGCGGAGGGAGCGGAGGGAGGGCAUUCGCGAGAGGGAGACAGAGAAGAAGAAACUGCGGUUAAAGCAGAAUAGUUUGAAGCUCCCGCAUUCAGGCUUUGUGCAGGCAGCACGUGCAGAGCUGCAGACCUUGCGCCAGGCAGAGCAUUUGCUUCGUGAUGUUGCUUGUGGCUGUUCCAGCGCUGCCAGAUUUCCACAGAUUCAUUCCCCAGGGCCGACCUGGAGGGACGACACAGGAUGA